CGUUUUCGGUAUAUCGAUUAACCCAGCUCUAGUCAUGGAUGCGUCCCACAAAUUUCUACCGAAGUUUAAUAUAGAUUUUCGAUUUUUGUAAAACUUCUGUCUUAGUUAUUCUUCAUUUUAUCUUCACAAUUUGGGUUACAAAGCGAUUGGCCUUGCUAAUCAUUGGUAAGGCGUUACAGAAGCUGAAACAUGGCUUCCGAAUCUGAAUUUGAGAAAACCUUGGUAGUAAACAUUGGAAAUUUUGAGAAGAUCCAAAAUAUUCUAAAUGACAAAGAGAAGUACAAGGAGAUACUUGAAAACAGCGAGAAUUUUAACACUCGUCUGUGCAUAGAACGCAGACUUCGCAUGCCAUUCCUGGACCCCCAGACUGGGGUGGCACAGACACAUUGUUCACUCUUUAUGAAAAAAAAACAGCGUAUGCCUGGAUUCCGACAUGGCCAAAUAUACACAUAUCCAUCGUCCCGCUGGCGCAAGCCCAAGCGUCAGUAUUUACAUAACCCGAACCAGAGCUACCGAGCAUUUCAGUACCGCGAAAAUCAUCUUCAACACUCCCACCAUCAUCAGCACCAGCAUCAACAUCACCAUCACUCUUCUGGCGUUGCUGUAACCCGAGAUCUCCAUCUUGCGGAGAGCGCAGCGACUGCUGCUACCGAUGGCAACUCCAUGGGAGCCUCGGGAGACAAUGAUAGUAAGGACUCACAUGCAAACGCCGAGAAGGAAUGGUUUCACGAGGAAAUGGACACAUCGCAUUAUCAUCAUGGCGAUGAUUAUGAGGAUGAUUUUGAUUCAGAUAACGAUUUUGACGAGUCAUACACCAGCAGGGGUAAACGUAAAAAAGGCUCAAGGCCUCGACGUACAAUUGCAAACGUUGAGGGUACUCCAAAACGUGGGCGUAAAGGUAGUGGCAAUCGUCGGAGAAACGCUAUUGAAGGAGAAACAGACCGAAAACGUCGUGGCGGUGGAAAUACAUCUGCCGCUGCCGCCGCAGCUGCUGCAGCCGUCGCACACGCAGCCAGCACUGCAGCAGCAGCAGCUGCCGCCGCCACAGGGCUCUAUGCAUCCCACUCAAACUCUGCUUCGCCCAUUCCCACCAAUGACGACACUUCACAGUCAGCACAAAUAGUGGCAACACCUAUAGCUACUUCUUACGAAAAGGUUUCAAACGACGCUGGAGCUUCCAAUGACUCAAUGCCUCUAGCGUCCAUGGCUGGAAUAAGCAUAGGUUUGGUUGCAAAUUCCAACGCCUCUAACUCCUCGCCGGUGCAUGCAACAACAAUUCCCAUGGCGUUUGCUACGGGAGCUGGUCCGAUUAAGGUCAAACCACUCGUUGAUCGGGACAUAGCUCAACCGUCUCCCUACUGCGACUUUUGUCUGGGCGAUCACCAGGAAAACAAAAAAACCAACAUGCCCGAGGAGCUUGUGUCGUGCUCGGACUGCGGUCGCUCAGGUCAUCCAUCGUGUUUGCAGUUCACAGCCAACAUGAUAAUAUCAGUUAAACGCUAUCGGUGGCAAUGCAUCGAAUGCAAGUACUGCUCCAUAUGUGGGACCUCUGAUAAUGACGACCAGCUAUUAUUUUGCGACGAUUGUGACCGCGGAUACCAUAUGUAUUGCCUGUCACCACCGCUAGUUACUCCACCAGAGGGUUCUUGGAGCUGCAAGUUAUGCAUGGAGGAAUUCCACAAGAAUAAUUGAUCUUACAUUUAAGGUUAUAAAAUUAUUUAAUGCACUUAUAUUCCGAAAUAUCACAGGUCUCUUAAUCAUAUAUUUGUAUAUGGUAACGAUUUAAUUUUAAACAACUAACGUAUUUGCUGGUUUUAACAACUCCCAAAUUUUGUACAUGGAAGGAUUUUAUUUCAAACUAUCCUUUGUUACAUAUUCAAAGUAA